GGCGAGUACGGCGUGCACUGGAACUUCUUCGCCACCAUCUCGCUGGUCUCGCUGCUGGGGCGGCUGGGGCCGCCGCCGAGCCGGGCGCUGCUGCCGGCCGCAGUGGCGGUCACAGCGGCGCACCAGGCGGCACUGUCGCUAGGCGGCCUGGGCCCAUGGGUCAUGUCGCCGCAUCGCGACUCUGACCUGAUCAGCCUGAACAAGGAGGGGCUGGUGUCGUGCAUCGGUUUCUGGGCCCUGUACCUGUGGGGCGCUGCGUUGUCGUACCACACGCAUCUCGCAUUGCAAUCCGCUGUACGACAGACUCGUCGUACGGCAGCCGUACCAAAGUCAUCGCAGCCGCCUCCACUAGCGGUCGCCAGGAAGAGAGUUGAAGGUGGCGGCAUUAAGGUUGGAGGAACAGGAAUUAGCUGCGAUGGACGCCGGGGAGACAGGGAGCACCACCGGGAAUGGUGGCUUGAGGAUGUGAAGAUGCGCGUUGCCGCUGUUGCACCGCUUCUGCGAUGCGUGCUACACUUUGCGGCGGCUGAUGGGUUGCUGUGGGUCGCAGUCGCGGCGCUGGAAGCAUAUGUGGAGCCGAUCUCGAGGAGGUCCUGCAACGCGGCUUACGUAAUGUGGGUUGCAGCGCAGUGCGUGGCCUGGGCGCUGCCUCUGCUGCUGGGGCAAGCGCUGCAAACCGCUCUAGGGGCAUGCGGGGACACCAGCCGCGGAGACAACGGCAGCGGCAACGGUAACGUCAACGGCAACAGUAACCGCGGUAGCAGCGGCGGAGGCAGCGACGGUGCAAUGAGCGGUGCGAUGCAGGCGGCUGAGGGAAGGGCAGCUGGUGGGGGUGGUGGCCGCAUCUCCGGUGGUGUGGUUGCGGCCGGGAAUGGCGUGGCGGGCUCAGCCACGACAGCAGCAUCAGCAGCGGCCAGUCGGAGAGGAGGAUCUGCUACUGCUGGACCCGUCGGCCCUGCUGGGGGUGGUUGUGGAGAUGGAGGAAGGGUAUCAACACCAACACCGCAGCUUCCUCCUUCCCGCGCUCCUCCUUCGGCAGAUAGCUGGGGCCCGCUGGUCUUGCAGGCCAUCAACCGCAAUCAGUUAGCCGUAUUCCUGCUUGCCAACCUCCUCACCGGGGCUGUGAACUUGUUUAUGAAUACGCUACAGGUUCCGGAUCGGCCAGCCAGGGCAUUGCUCGGCGCCUACAUUACCCUCGUGUGCGUCGUGGCAGUGUUCCUGAACGCUCGAGGCUGGCGGCUCAAGCUGUAACGAACGGCCUCUCAGAGCUUCGCGACUGGUGCGGGAAGGAAGAGCGACAUUGUAGCCUCAGGGGGGGCUCUACAAUGAGAGUGUGGUGGAGGGGGGAACAGGGCUAGCUGCUGACGAUCACAGCCAGGCUGCCAUGCACCGGACCUGGG